CGACAGCAGGAGGAACUAUAUGUUGUAUACCAAAGCAGCCGCAUUAAAACUAAUUUCGAGGACAAGCUGUCUUUCAGUUAUACUUAAUUUUCAUCAGCCAUAAUUCAACAUGAAAGUUAUCAUAGUCGGAGCUGGAAUCGCCGGUCUCUCCGCAGCAAUUGGUUUGCGUCGAGCAGGCCACGAUGUUCAAAUCAUCGAGAAAUCCUCCAUGCUUCACGAAGUAGGAGCCGCUAUCAACGUCUGCCCCAACGCAUCCCGCGUCCUCGACACCUGGGGAUUCUCCGUCAAACGCGCCCGUUUCGUGACAGCUAAAACAGUAAUCUUCGCUUCUGGAGAGACAUUGAAACCGUUUGAUAAGCAGGAUUAUGCAUAUAUUGAGAAGGAGUAUGGGGCUGCGUUUUAUUUUUCGCAUCGUGUGGAUUUGCAUAAUGAGUUGAGACACUUGGCUACGAGAGAGGAGGGACCGGGAAAGCCGGCGGAGAUUUUGGAGAGGAGGGAAGCGGUUGGUUAUGAUCCGGAAGGAGGAGUGGUGAAGCUAUCAGAUGGGACGACGAUGAGAGCAGAUUUGAUUAUUGGGGCUGAUGGGAUCCAUUCCAAAGCCGUAAAGUCUGUCGUUGGCUACGAAAACCCUGCUGUUCCCGUGGGCAUCUCUUGCUUUCGAUUCCUCUUGCCGAGUCAAGAGAUUUUCGACGAUCCUGAGACUGCUGGGUUGAUGGAGAAUCAUGAUGGGAGAGGCAGAAGCUAUGUAUCUUCGAAGGAUGGCCAUCUACGAAUCAUCAUGUAUCCGUGCAGAGAAAAUCAGGUGCAAAAUCUGGUUUUUACGUGUCCGGACAGCGAGAAGCUCAAUUCCUCAGAAGGUUGGAACAUCCCUGUUGAUAAAAGUGUUAUGCUUGAGGAAAUGAAUGGCUUCCAUCCAUCUCUGGAAGCAUUAUUGAGGAAAGCAAGCAAUGUCAAGCUCUGGAAACUUCUCUUCAGAGCUCCUCUUCCCACAUGGCAUAAAUCUCGCGUUGCACUUAUCGGUGACGCAGCACAUCCAAUGCUUCCAUACCAAGGCCAAGGCGGCGCACAAGCCAUCGAAGAUGGUUGUGCUCUCGGCCUUCUUUUCACCAAUUUCUCCGCGACAGACGCUACCUCCAUCUCAUCUCGUCUAGAUUCUUUCGAAAACGUGAGAAGAAAUCGUGCAAGUGCUAUGCAGAUGUUUUCGAACGCUGGGCAGGAUGAAGCAGAGAAAAUAAGGGAGUCGGCGCUGCCUUAUGUGAAAGAUGGGAAGGUGCCAUCAAAUCCGAAGGAGUAUACGGAGUACAAUUUUAGGCAUGAUGUGGUCAAGGCGUGCGAGGAGGAAUUGAGGAGGAUAGGGGAGAAGAACUAGUUAGGCAUUAGUGUUUUUAUUACGCUGGAAUUCGAACAAACUCGACUAUACUUCCAAAGAAAUGAUUUAUGGGCCCUAAUUUUGGGGAGUCC